AUGGUGGACUUGGUUAGUGAAAACUGGUCAGCAUUCAUUAAAGGGAGAUCUAUUGCUGAUAACACUCUAAUUUGCUCAGAUAUUGUAGCAGAGAAGGGGUAUCCUGCUAUUGUUUUGAAGAUAGACUUACAUAAAGCAUAUGACUCAUUGAGUAGGAAAUUCCUAUUGGAGAUUAUGAGAAGAAUGGGAUUUCCUCCUAUAUUCAUGAAUUGGAUAAAGGCACGUGUCACUACUCUUACAUUCUCAGUCCUUGUAAACGAAAGUCUAGCAGGAUAUUUCAUGAGGGGAAGGGGGAUAAGGCAAAGGGAUCCUCUAUCACCUUACUUGUUCACCAUGGCAAUGGAAGGUUCACUGGAGUUAUGA